CAAUCAGAAUUACGAUUGGGUUUCAACAUCGCCCAGCUUGGCGAUCAACCGCGAUCACAACUUGGCGAGAAUCAAGGGGCACCCUGAAAUAUAGUCUACCCAUAUUUCUGCAUCUAUAUAAUUUGAAAAACAACAGUGAAGAGUCAUCCAAAUUGCUUGAAAUAGUCUCAUUUGUGUUUAUUACUAAUAAAUUUUUAUCGUUUUCUUGGUAAGUAUUUUUUUAAAUUUUGAAUGAAAACUUAUACACAGAUUAAAAUAUUUUAAUCCUGAAUCUCUGACAAGUUUGGCUAAUCAUGAGACUCAAUGUUAAAAUAUUUUUUAUCACUUUAACUCUUUUAUGUUUUCAAUAUUAUUAUAAAUGAACCCAUGAAAAAUUUUUCCUAAACUUAAUUACAUGUCUGGUAAUUCUUAUGAUUUUACUUAUUUUUUUAAUGAAACCAAUCUAAACCGCUGAAAAUAAUUUUUAAUUAAAAAACUUAUACCACAAUAUUUUCUUUCGUUAUGUUUCAAACUCCCAUCUUAUUUAAAACUUACAAAAAAGGGGAAUUACUUCGUGUCUUAAGGAUAAUUACAUGGUCGAGAAACUAAAGAAAUUUAAAUUAUUUGGUCUGCUUCGUCUCUAAACGCGCUUAUUGCUCUUCAUUAAUUACAUUUGGAUGCAACACUUUCGAAACGCAACAACAAAAAAAAUUCGUUUCUUUAAGAUAAACCGAAAAGUAAUGUGAACUGUUCUCUUUAGAGUGCAAGGUGGAAGACUAACCAUUAGCAAAAUUAUUGUUUUUUCUUUCCUUUGUAAUUACUAUAUGCUCUUCUUGGCAGAAAUUUUCCAGAGUUCCAUUAAAAUUGGAAAUGCAUGAGGAAGUUUAGAAAUUUAUAAAUAAAAAAAAUCCUUUGAUGGUUUUGGUUUCUCUAAUUCCUCGAUUAGUUUUAUGUUUAUUUUAGUUUGAUGUUAACGUGAUUUAACUGUUUUUGCUUUUUAUUCAGAAAAUCGAUUAAGCUUAAUUAUUGCAAUGUGGAAAAUCGCUAAGGACGGAUGGAACUAGCAACAAUAGCAACCACAAAAUUGAAGGUAAGGAAAUGUGAAAAUUAGCAUAAGUGCGUGAUACAGGAAGGCGUCUUUUGCGCAUGGAAAUUUUAGGCUGAACUGGUUUGUCACAUGAUAACUGUUGACGCGUUAGCUGACUAAGCACAGUAGUGAGUGAAAGUGUUAACUCACAUAAAGAAACUUGAAGAUUUAAACAUUUCUUUAUUUCAUACAGUACCAUCUCGAUACAGCGUACAACUGAAGAUAUUUAAACAUAAAUAUAUCUUAACAAAAAUGUUGGUACAUCACUGGAAACAACCACACAGUGAAGUGACAUAGUGAAGAGACAAGACAAAACACAUGCUUACAACAAUGCAUGCCUUACAUACAGAUUCCAUAAUGAUAUGCACGGAAUGCGUCACUUACGUUAUCUGAAAAGAAAAUAUCUGUUGUCAACACAUGACCGAAACUUAAUUCUGUUAAUUUAAUGUAUUCAGAGGAGUAACAAACCACUCCAACAAUAAAGUUGAUAAAAGUUUUGACACAUAUAUUAAGCGCUAUCUUUUAAAAUCAAAGUAUGACGGGAAAAAGAUAAAUUGACGUACUUGCGAUUUGUCAUGCAUUCCUGAUGUCUUGUAGAUGCCUUUACGCGUGGCCGUAUUAUCGGAAAGAUUGAAGAAACCGAAAAAUAACAAAUGUUGCUAAAGAGUUUGCCGUCUACAGAGUUGUUUUAAGGCUGAGGAAAUCAUUUCAAACUGAUGGAAUGAGUAGAAGACGUCAUGAAGGUUUUGUUCCAUGUACAAUUCUUGAAGAAGACAUUUUCAUAGUACCACAGACAAAAAGAAGCCGGAGCAGUACAGCCAGUCAGGUAACAAAUUAGUAUCAUGUUGCUGCUGGUACGCGAAUCUUCCGCAAAACUGUAGUCAGACACUUGCUAGCAGGAGGACUAUACACAAGCCGACCUGUUGCGUAUGCAUACCAUUGUCCAGACGUCACCAUGGAGACCAUUUGCUAUGGUGUCUUCAGCAUCCAAUAAGAGCAAAGUGAACUGGGCUUGCGCACAAUUCUCGGAAGAGAGUAGCGUGAGAUUGGUACUGCGCAUAAUCAAACAAACAUACAGGAGAAGGACAGAUAUCCAACACGUAGUAUCAUGGUUCGGGAUGGCAUUAUGACUAAUGACCGCACGCCCCUCUAUGUGCUUCCAACUUGGACUAUGACUGACCAACGCUACAUUAAUGAUAUUCUUCUGCCUCAUGUUUGCUUGUUCCAUGGUGAUGUCGGUGACAAACUUUUUAUGGACGAAAACGCAACUUGUCAUCGAACAACAGCUAUCAAGAAGUGUGUACAAUGCGAGGAUAUUCACUGCCUCAUAUGGCCAGCAUGUUCUUCAGAUCUGAAUCCUGUCACAGACCGUCGCCAAUAGCCGAUUGUGCAACUCUAGUGGGACGCAGAAAAGAAAUAGAAAUUUCUCUUGAUGUAGGAUUAAAAAGAAAGUACUAAAAUACCUUUUUGCAGUUGGCUGAUUACAAAAGAAAAAUUUAUCGCUAACAUAACGAAGGAAGUUAAAUGUCAAUUUUAGGGGUCAACACACAUGCUAAUAUGUUUUGAUAUUGAACCCCACUACGAAAAUGUAUCUGAGGGAGGUAUAAAUAGACUGGAACGACAGCAAAAUAAUGCGUCUUGUCACCGUUGCUGUCAAGACCACACCCAUUGACGCACUUCUGCUAUAUACCAAUGAAUUCCCUAUACAAUAUGAAAUAAAGAAAUCAGCUUUAAAGCUCUAUCAGAAACUAAUUCGUCUACCUCAUAGCGUUAUGCUGACCAAGUCUGAACCUCGUAUGAAGACUCAGGACGGCUAUCUUCAAGUAGUAUUAAAAGUGAUGGGUGAAUUUGAUAUACCUUCCUGGAUUGAAUCUUUGUUUCCCCCUGUCUUAAAAGUCCAAGAUUGUACAGCAGCUUUGUUCAGCGCGGGGAUGAAAACUAUCCACAAUCGUUUUCCUCUUGAUUCAUGGUUGCACAUAUAUACAGAUGGCUCAAAGCUUGAGAUAGAUGGCGCUGCCGGUGCUGGUAUUUUUUGUGAGCAUUUCUCCCUCUCUCUUUCGUUGGGAACAGCCAAGACCGCUUUUGAUAGUGAGGUUGAGGCAAUCAAAGUAGCUUUAACUCAUUUAAAUGCUCGUCCUUCUCUUUUCGAUCAAGCUGUCAUCUUCUCGGAUUCCCAAGCUGCGAUUCUGGUCAUUGCCAACUACUCUCAAGCCCCUAGCUCUUUGUCAAUAGGGAAAUGUAGAUCUUUAAUGACAGAGAUAGGUGAAAAAUAUAAAACAAUUGCCUUACAAUGGAUCCCAUCCCACUGCGGUAUCCCCGGCAACGAAAAAGCUGAUGCUCUGGCCAAAAACGGUUGCUUUGUUAAUCAAGCCCCAAAUAACUUGGUUAGCUAUAAAUCCACUUCGUUAAUGAUUAAUCAUGCAAUUAAGACAACACAUAUAUCAUUGCUAAAAGAACGAACAAAAGAAAAAUCGUGGAGAAAUGACAUCCUUAAUCUCCCCGAUUGCCCAAGAAGCAGUGCUGUAGCUGCCUUUCGUCUUGCUACCAAGCACGAUUGCUUAAACACCCAUCUUUUCCGUCUUAAAAUAGUGGAUGAUCCUGCCUGCCCCCUCUGUCGCAGUGGUGUGACGAUGAACGCUGAACCUCUUCUCAACUGUUCAGUUCCCACAAAGAACUGCAUCUACUCCCGAUACUGGGAGGCCAGAGAACUUUUGUUCAAUUUAAGUUCUUGAUUUAAUUUUUGUGUUUGAUGUUUUGCUUUUGUUUUUGUAUUUUGCAUAUUUCAUAUCUUUCUGUAUUUGUAUUUUUCUUUUCUUUUGAUCUCUGUACGGCGUUAGGAUAAUGUCUAUAUAGCCUGCUGCAUUGGAAAUAUAAAAAAAAUGACGAAAAUAAAAGUAUGAGUUUGUAAUCCUUAUCACGUGGUUUACCUUCCAGCUUUCGAAAAUCAUGAACUCAAUUCUUAUAGUGUGUGGGUCUAGUUAGCGAGAAUAAAAUAUUGUCUAGUGUUUGAA